AUGCUGUACCUCAUCGGCCUCGGCUUGGGAAAUGAACGCGACGUCACGCUGCGAGGGCUGGACGCGAUCAAGCGCUGCUCGAAGGUGUACUUGGAGGCGUAUACAUCCGUCUUGGGCGUGGACGUGCGAGCGAUGGAGGCGCUGUACGAGAAACCGGUGCGAACGUGCGAUAGGGCGUUCGUCGAGCAGGGCGUCGACGCGGUGCUGGACGAAGCGUUGAGCGAAGACGUCGCGUUCUGCGUCGUCGGUGAUGCGUUCGCGGCGACGACGCACUCUGAUUUAGUGCUGCGAGCGAUCGAACGCGGAGUGGCGGUCAGACCGGUGUAUAACGCGAGCAUCAUGAACGCGGUGGCGGGCACCGGGUUGUCGCUGUAUAAUUUCGGCAAGGCGGUUUCAAUUUGUUUCUUCACGCAGACGUGGAGGCCAGACAGUUUUUACGAUUUGAUUCGAGACAAUCGGAAGAGUGGGGCGCAUACACUGUGCUUGUUGGACAUUCGAGUGAAGGAACCGACGGUGCGAGCGCUGUGUAAGGGGAUCGAGGAGUACGAGCCGGCGAGAUUCAUGACGGCGGCGACGGCGGCAAAGCAAAUGUUAGAGGUGGAGGAAAGUCGGGGAGAGGGCGUGUACGGUGAGGACACCAUGUGUGUCGCCGUUGCGCGCAUCGGUCAGGAUGAUGAAAAGAUUCGUGCGUGCACGCUCGGGGAGAUGCGUCGCGUGGACAUGGGCGCGCCGUUGCACUCGCUCGUGCUCGUCGGCGACGUCAUGGAGAUCGAGUCCGCCAUGUUAGCCACGCACGCCGUCAAGCCCGAAGACUUUUACGACGGAGAUGCACCGUGUCAAAUGCUCGACGGGUAG